UUCGUGGAGAAUACGAAUCCAAGUAUAAUAUUGCAUGUGCUUUUUAUAAAGAUAUGAAGUUGUGUCCAUACUUGUACUGAUGGAGGGUCAUAUUGUGAAGGAAUUUCAAAAUCUGCGAGUGUUUUCAAACAACAAAUUCGUGAGGAUGGAUGAGCUGGUGCAUGACCUGGCAAGUGCUCUUGAGGAGACAGCCAGAAGCACCAAGUCUCAAUCCCGUGAGGGUCAACCCUCAGGGUCAUCCUCCAAACGUUGCAGUCGAAAACGCAAAGGAAAGAAGCGCCGUACAUUCAUAGUUGAUGGAGGAAACAUCAGUGAAGCUUCAGAAAGUAGUGUUGAGGAAGCUCUGAAGGAUUACAUGGAAAACAUUAUCCAGCAAAGUGAUUCAGAUGAUAUUGGUAUGUCAUCAACAGUUGCUAGGUUGACGAUGCCGUUGAAUUUUAGUUACGUGCCAUCAGUUGAAUCUGAUUCUGUGACAGAAACUUUUUCUCCAAGACGUCCUCAGCGUCGAAGGAAGAAGUAUAAGUCUAUGGCGGUGGACAAUGAUCCAGAAAUGAUGAUGCAGCCACCUAUGCAUCCACCAAAGCCGUACCAGCAUCACCAUGGCAGUGAUGGGGCUCUCAACAACUCAUCUGUGGACCAGGAAGCAACCCUAGCACCUCUCACUAGCAAAGACAAUAAUGGACUCUUAGUCUCUGUGUUACCAGGGAAAAGAAAGAGAAGUUCCAAGUCCAGGACAGACUUUCCUUCCAGCAGCAGCAGCAGUCAGAGUAAACCAUCCAAGAAUGAGGAUACUAUGGAUGUAGGCUCACAAGAGAGCAGCUCAAGUCUCAGCAGUAGUGAGAGUGAUGGUCUUAUCACCAAUGAUGAAGGAAGAGAAGCUGAUGAUGAGCAGAGUGAUUUUUUCUAUGAGGGUGGUCCAGCGUGUGGAAUUCCUGGUAUUAUUCCAUGGUGGGAAAAUGAUGCAGGUCAUCGAGAAGUUGAGUCAGAUAAGGAGUUUCAGCAAAUACUGACAGGAACAUUUGAACACCUCUCCAAAUCCUCACAGAUGGCAUUCAAAGCCAGAGUGUCCAGGCUCAUGGCAAAGUCUGGCAGAGAAAUUCGCUUUGGAAGAAGAAAGUUGAAAGAAAAGCAUCCUGGCUAUACAGUGUCAAGAUUUCUCCAAGAUCGACAAGUAUGGAAUUCAAUGCAGGGAAUGAUUUCCCCUGCCUGGCAGUCUAGUAACAACACAAGCUCCUGUAACGAUAACUCAAAACGUCGCAGGAAUACACCCCCACCAACACCACAGACUGAAGGUUUCAUUGGCAAUGAGGCAGAGCCUAUCCCUGAUUCAAACUUAGGCAGUAAGAUGUUACAGAAUAUGGGCUGGACACCAGGAUCAGGACUGGGAUCAGACGGAGCUGGCAUUAAAACUCCAGUCAUGGCCUACCGACGGCCAAGGCGUCAAGGACUUGGCUGUCGGACAGCUACAAAGCCAUCUGAUCAUUAAUGACUUGUCUUGGGUGUAUGUGAUGUUUUAAAGACAGUAGAUCAGUAUAUAUGCACUGAUGCAUGGUGAUGUACUGUCAGGAUGUUCCAUGAUAUAUUUUGAACUGCUAAAACAUAAGGAAGUUAUGGUUUUAUUUUGUACAAUGUACAAUUC